CUACUUUCUAAAUAAAUAUUUUUGCUACGAAAGAGAGUCGAGGUCAAGAAGAAGCUAAGAAAGAAUCCACUGAUUGAUUUCUUUUUCUCUCUAUCAGCUUCUUCGCUCCUCUUUACCUUAGCACCACAGCUCAGAAUCAGAAACCAUGCCGAAGAACAAGGGAAAGGGAGGAAAGAAUAGGAAGAGAGGAAAGAACGAAGCUGUUGUCGGGAAGCGGGAGCUUAUUUUUAAGGAAGAAGGACAGGAGUAUGCCCAAGUGCUUCGCAUGCUCGGAAAUGGUCGUUGCGACGCUAUGUGUUUUGAUGGGACCAAGCGUCUUUGCCAUAUUCGAGGGAAGAUGCACAGGAAGGUCUGGAUUGAUGCUGGUGAUAUAAUUCUCGUUGGUCUCCGCGACUACCAGGAUCACAAGGCUGACAUUAUAUUGAAGUACCGGACCUAUGAAGCUAGGCUUCUGAAGGCCUAUGGUGAGCUCCCUGCGAAUACACGUAUCAAUGUAGGUAUUGCUGGAGGUUUUGAUGAGGAAGACGAUGGUGAUGAUGAUUAUUUUGAGUUUAUGAAUGCCGGAACAAGCAGUGCGCAUAUAAACUUUAUUUGAGACGUUAAACUUGCUAUAAUUCUCAUGUAAUGCCUUUUUGUAUCACUUUUAAUAUUUCUCACGUGUCCUCUUAUAUAUCCUGUGCUGUUUGUGCGGGUGCUGGUCUGUAUAUAGAGUGCUUCGUGUUGUGUUUGGCAUAUUUUAAUGGCUUUUGUAUGGAUAGGCGAGCUACCCUGUCUGUAUCACAUAUGGUAAUAUUCGCAUAAUUAAUGGGUGCAAAAUGUGAUUGUGUAAUUAGGCUGCCAGUCAGCUGCCUUGGUUUUUUGUUCGGAUUAUGUGUCUGAAUGACAGUACUAACUUGUUACUAGUGUUUCA